CAUUGGUAUACUAAUUAAUGGCGCAUUCGCGAAAUUUGCCGGACUCUGCGUAGAGCGGACAUGGGCUGUUACAUUGGUGAUGCAUGAAUCGUGUCAAGAUGGUUGCAUGCGAAUGAUUUGGCGCAGAGCUUACCUUGAGCGGUGCUUUAUGAGGAUUCUUACCGAAUACAUUCCAAUCAACAUCUGGAAUGGAUUCACAGCAGCAGUUUUGUCUUAAGUGGAACAGUUUUGGCAGCAAUUUGGCAACCGCAUUUGGCAAUUUAUUCAAAUCAGAGAGUUUAACAGAUGUCACAUUAUUCUGUGAAGGUGUGACAUUCAAGGCCCACAAACUUAUUCUGGCAGCAUGUAGCAAACACUUCCAGGAUAUGUUUCAAACAGCACCACUAUGCUCAAGUGUGCUGGUCAUUUUGGAUGGCACAUCAUCAUCUAACAUGUCCGCCUUAUUAGAAUUCAUGUACAAAGGAGAAGUCCAUGUCUCUCAGGAUAGCCUCCCUAGUUUCCUGAAGGCUGCAGAAUGCUUGCAGGUUAAAGGCUUGUCAGUAGAGCAUGAGAAGCUUGCUGUGGUGCAAGGGCAGCAUAUCAGCUCAGUGGGCCAGGACAGCCAACUAGACUCGCCUACAGGUCGUAAACAAGCCAAGAUAAAUAGUAACAGUAACAGUGGUACAAAGGAAACCUUGGAUGGAGGCUCAGGUGAUCAACUCCUCCAACAUCAUCCAUCUACCUCAUCCACGUCAUACUCUCCAGUCAUGUCUCCAUACAUGCACCCUCCCCAUUACCGUCCAGCAUAUGAACAACGCGUACCUGCCUCAGCGCCACCCCCAUCUCAUUAUGAUGCAUCAUCUAGAAAAAGGCAUCACCGCAGUUCUUCCGAAACUGUUCAAGACUCUGCUGUUCGUGCCUCAGUUUUGCGAGAUGGCAGCAAGUCGCGUACUGUCCCUGAACCUGAAAAACACUCCCCAAUAUCCUUGGCAUACCGUCCUGUUUCACAGCCACAACAACCUCAGGAACCUGAGCUGAAGUCUGACGAGAAAGUUUAUCCCCCAAGCUCGUCAGCAUCUCAGCAUCUCUUGAGAUAUGAAGGAGGACCUGAUCACAGAGAUAAUACUGCUAAUGCACCUGCCAAUGCUGCCGCUACUGUGACUUAUGACAGAGCUGUUGCUGUGGAAGUUGAUGGCAACAACAAGGCUACGCCAGAAAGUCGGCGUUCGUCUGUGGAUCCUGGGAGUAGCUGUCCAGAAGAUUUGCGGGUGAAACUUGAGCUUUCCAGUCGCCCGGAAGAGCAUCAUGUGGUAAAUGCUGCACCAUAUACAGAGACGAGUGCUGACAAAAUAUCUGAGAUAAUUCCAUCCACUCCUUGGAACUCGAGUACAAGUACAAAACUGGCUGUCCAUAAAGGGGGCUCUGUUGCUACAGCUGAUGGUAAGAAACUCAAAUGUCCGUUCUGUGAGCGACUUUACGGGUAUGAAACCAACCUGCGUGCUCACAUUCGUCAGCGACAUCAAGGGAUACGUGUACCCUGUCCCUUUUGUAACCGUACCUUCACGCGCAACAACACUGUGCGGCGGCACAUUGCCCGUGAGCACAAGACAGAGUACGGCCUCAAGGCAUUUCAACCACAAGCUCAGGUCCACAACCACAACAACCAGUAAAAAACUGAAGCCAAGCCUCACAAAGAAGUUCUUCACAGAGAAACAAAAUCAAUCAGGAUAGUAACAGAAAUACCUCAAAGGAUCUUAUACAUAAAUAUAAAUACAUAAUUAUUACUUGAUAUAUAUAGAAAUAUUAUAUAUAUAUAAAAUAUAUAUGACAUUGUUAAAGGACAAACAAGAAUUGUGUCCUGUUAACAAGGUAUUGUGUAUCUUUCAGUUGUCUUUAUUAUUAUAAUUUGUUUUUGUUUUUGUUCUUUCUUGAAGCACUUUUUUUUUCUGGAUGUCUGUGUAAGAACAAACACUUGUAGCUCUCUUAUCUCUGAGGUUUAGGCAGAAUUUCAAUGUGGGUUAUGGGUUGUACAUAAUGAAUAUGAAGACCUCCAACUUGUACAGUCAAGAAAAGGGCUCUAUGUACUUCACACUUUUAUCCACUUCUUCUUGUCAUGCCCAAAGGGCAGUAUUUUAUCUUAUGAUGGUGCCUCACUGAAAAGCUACAAAACACAAAUUGUUCAAAUACAGCUGGUGCUCAAAGCUCUCUCUCAUAUCGAAUGUGACUUUAGACAUUAGAAAUUGUUAAUAAAAUUUUAAUGUGUGUUUACUAGAGUAAUAGUGUGUUUGGUGACACUUGCUUUCUGGCUGUCAGUACUAAUGUUUUUCGAGUUUAAAAAAUUAUUGAAUUGUUUGUAUCUGACUUUAUGAGAAGUUUUCACCAGUUGUAAUAUUGUGUGUUUGGCAGUACAAAGUUAUUGAUUCAUACUCUAAAUGUCCCACUCUCGGUGUGUUGUUUGAUAAAGUAUAAAGCCAUUAAUGUAUAUAAAUUGCAUGUGGUGAAAGUCAGGAUGAAAAUGUCACCCAUUUUGAGGCAUUUACAGUAUGCUGAAUAACUCAACGAAAAGCUGUACACACUAUUUUAUUAUAUAUGCUCUUAUUUAACGUGAAUAUUGUAAACAUCAAAACCGUUACUCUCCUGUUAGAAAACUAGUCAUUGAAAGUGCAACAGAUCACAUCUUUUUACAUCUCAGGAAUCAGUAGCAAAUGACCAUAUUUUGUUUAUCUCACCCCAAAUGCCACAGGGGAAAUCAGGGACAAUUGUUUAUAACAUCCUAGUGCCAAAUCACAGCUAUACACAGAGUGUAAAGUAUUUUAUUUUGUAAAGAAAUUUUGAAAGGCUAGUACGCGAGCUGAUCAUUUGAGGACAACCAGUAACCAGUGUCAUGCAAGCUGGUGCAUCCAGAAGUUACUGCUAAAAUACCUCCAAACUACUGUUCCUGCUACAUUAUCACCCUUGGUAUCUCUUUCUUCCUCACUUCAUAUUCUGUUGUGCUCUAGUAGUUUUCUACAUACGUAAGGAAAUAUUUAUAUUCAUAAUGCUAUCUGCUCCUAGUCAAUGUAUUUCCCCUAGUAUAUAUAGGUAUUUGUCAGUAAAUACAGUCGUUGCAUUAUUUGUACACAUUUUAGAUUCCAGUAUUUGUCAGUCGCUGUCUUUAUCUGGGCGGUGUUGUUUGAUUCAGAUCUGAGGCGAUACAUUACAUGACAUGUUUAUAACUGAACUCAGGACCCAGCAUCACGAGUAUGCUAAACUCUUGUUUUAUACAACCAUUUUGAAAUACUGCAUUUUCUAGGAGAUACUUUUUACUGAUAUGUCCACGUUUCCUAACGGAGGAAAAUGCCAUUGCUUAUUUCACAGUCACGUUCGCAUCAUUUACGAUAGGUUUCCCCUAUGCAAUCUCAGGUAGUCGGACGGUGUACGAUGUCACGAAAUUUAGGAUUAUAGCAACUUUUUUAUUGUUUGAGUAAGUGUAUUGAAGUUUAAUUGACUUCUUAAAAUUUUAAUAUUGUUUUAUUUCACAUUGCGUUUUGUUGCUUGCUGUAAAGUUUUGUUGUUGUUAUUGAAAUAUUGUAAGAUGCAAAUUUUGUGAUGGAGAUGGUUUGGGAGAGAUGGUUGUGCAUAUUGACUGUGCAUAAAGGAAAGGAUAUUUGUAGACACAUAGCUGUUAUACUUUGUGUUUAAUUUGGUUGGUACUGUAUUGUGCACCAUUGCAAUUGUGUUUGAGUGAAAGAGUGUGCUAUGUGACAAGUGUUAAGUGUGGUUUUUAUGUUCUUGUAUAUUAAGAAUUUUUAUAAUGUCAAGACCUUCAGUGGUAAAUUGGCAGUACAAGAAAGCCACCUCUAAGUGGCUUCUCUCACUCAAGUGUCUUUGGCACGCACCAUGCCAACCGCGGUGCAGAGAUCUUGUUAUUGUUUGAGUAUAACUUACAUUGUGUUGGAGCCUCUGUUGAUCAGAACCAACCUGAUGUGGCGUCGUGCAUUUGAUGUAUUGUUUUAACACGUGGGGGGUGGAAAUUGGUGUAUGGGUACUUUUGCACUUGUUUAGUAUUUUUAACUAUAUUCUUUGUUUGAAAUAUUUGACAGCAUCUUUAUAGGUUAUGUUGUUUUUAUUUGGUGCUUCUUUGUAUUUUGGGCAAUUGGUUAUUAGUUUAAAUAACAAAAGUAGGUCUUAAGGUCGUGGUUGUAUUAAGCACUUCAUGAUCAGGUAAUUUAUUUACUAACGAUUCUACCCAAUAAAAUUAUUUGUACUGCCUCUUAAUUGCAAUUAGAAUGUUAUGUGUAUAUCAUAAUUUGAUGCACUUUGUGCUUGAUUACUAAACGGGUAAAACAUGGUUAGAUAUUUCAUGGUAACUAGGUCAUUUUUGCAUAAGGAACUAGAGUAACUCCAACAUUUAUUACGCUAUAGUUUAAAUCUUUUAAGAAAUAUGCAAUGUGCAAUGCUUUGAGACUUUUAGUUCUGGCAAGGACGAGGAGUUUGUCAAUUGGGCUGUUGCCCAUUGUAGUGGGAAGCAGGACUGAAGCAUGAUGGAUGCAGCAACAGCAAUAUAUGUGACUGCUUAGCCUGAUGUCUCAGGAUGUCCUCAGAUUUUUAAGAAGUGAGGAGUUCUUACAGUAGUCUGUCACAGCAACAGUAUUUGUUGAGUUGUUUGUUAUUUUUGAUUUUGGAAGAUGUGGAUAUCAUGGCAGCAUCUUGUGAUGCUGCUGUAUUGUAGAUGGUUGGUUGAGGAAGCCUUGUGUUUUGUUUUGUAUAUGCUGGUUGGAGGGGGUGUCUUUUUGAGUUUAUUUGUAUAUGUAUUUGUUUUAUGGUAGUGUCUAUCAGACAGUAAAUAUCUGUAUUGGCUUUUGAAAUAAUAAUCGUUAUAUUAGUUGGAGCAUAAACAAGGCUUCACACCAUCAGGAUUGGGGUGAAUGGUUUCUACAUGUUAGUUUUACCAUAUUUCAGUUAGGUGUUCCCAUGCAUAAUAUUAGUUGUAUUAUCUUUGCACCAUUUAUCAUAACAAUCUCAGGAAUUUAUUUCAGGGACAAAACCUUAUUUGCACUAUUCAGUGUGUAGUACUUGUAUAUUUAAUAGUAACAUGGAUCAUACAACUGCAAUUCACCUUUGCAGCGAAGCUAUCAAGAAAAGGUACAUAAAUACUUGAAAUUUUUGCUUGAAGUACAAAAUUGAUAAUCUGAAUAUACUUAAGUCAUGUGGUAUUGUGAUUUUUUACAAAAUUUGGUUAAUUUUAAACUCAUUUUACGGUAGUAUUACAAUGGUAUUAUUGAAAAAGGUGGACUUCAGUAAUUAACUUGAACUGUGGAAUUAUUAGACUCCUUAAGAUUAGGUCUUCUGGGAUGUGACACUGUGCAGUUUGUUAGAUAGGUACCAACAUUUCAAAGGAAACCUGCCUCUAUCAUUGGGAUAGAAGAAGCAAAGAAGCAAGGUGGAGGUAGUGGAUUCUUCUGAAACCUGUCUACCAAACUGUACAGGGUCACAUGUCAGAAGUGUGUAAUCUUAAAACUCACCCUUGUGAGAACAUCUAAUCUCAUAUCAGACUCUUAUUGAUCUUCAGUGCUUCAUCCUGUGUAAUAAUUCUGUUUCUUUGCUCAUUGCCUUCAUAGUUAUAAUUUCCAUUUUUUUUUUUCCAGAUUGUGUUUUAAUGACUGAAUUCUGCAAACACUUGCUCUGUAUAUUCUUACCUCAUUUGAUUUCUGUCUCAGGGCUCAGUAGAGCCAGAUUCAAUAGUGCAAGGCUGCCUACUACCUCACAUUGCACACAGUUGAACUAUUGUGUCUGUGCUUUGUGCUGAGUUUCAGGAUAGGGUUCAUAAGCAGAUUCUAUGUGUAUCUGACUGCAGCACCUGGCAUAGCAUAUUAAACAAGUACCACUUGUGUCAUUUACACAAGAAUUUCUUUGCCUGUUAUAAAUACAGUGUUGAAUACAGAAGAAUAAAUUAUCUGUUGUACUGCAUUGUUGUUGAAUCUCCAAGCCUCCAUAGAUAAAUAUUUUUAAUCUUACAAUUCCGUUACACGUUUACCCUAGUGUGUAAUUGUAGAUUACUCAGGAACUUACAGAAUUAAUUCGUACAUAACAUGUAGUAUAUAAUAUAUACAUACAGUAGUAAUAAGUUGCAUAAAUACCAUGCUACCUCAGUACAGGACUAAUGUAGUAUUACAGUUAAUUACCUCAUACAUACUCUGUCACUGUAGGGAAUCUCCUUGAGGGAUUUGUUUCAUGGCAGUGCACUCUUCAGUUUAUGUGCAUUGACAUUCACUUCAGGACAAUAUUAAUGUCCAUAUGCAACCGGGUCCAAAUGUUUGUGCAAGUGUUUGUGGAGUCAGUUUCAUUUAAGUGCUUUACAUGUGUUCUGUGUUGUUUUCCUUGCAGAGAGGGUCAUUGCUAAGCACUGCUGUAGGAAAAAUUUAAAACAUACUGUAUUUUAGAAGAACUGGAUGGGUUAUAAAAGUACAAAUUUAAUUCAAAAUACUGGUACCAACUAUAAGUUCAUGUUUGUGUACUUGCAGUUGUCGUUCAAGUUUUCAGCUAACAGUGUUUCCUGCCACAAUUGAACAAACCCUCUUGUUGGCAUCGCCAGAUAUUUUAAGUCCAAGUGUUGUGCAUCUGAAGCACUCAGGUUUCAGUAGCUAUCAGCAGGUUUGUGUGUUGCUUGCUUCCCAUUUCACCCCCAGUGUCUCUAGCAGUGUGAAGGAAGGUUGUCAGUAAAUAAGUGAAGAAGAAAACCUCACUAGAAAUAAAUGCAGGUAUCCAAAUGUAUCUGUGAACAAGUACAAGAUAUUUCUGUACAAAUUAAGCAAAAUAGUAGUUAAAAUGUGUGUAUGUAUGUAUGAUUAUGUGUAAGUGUGUGUGAGUAUGUAUGUUUAGUUUGCUGGUAGCCUGCAAACUACAGGUUUCUUUGUAAUUAGACUUCCCAUGGUACAGAGUACAUGAUCUUAUGAUUUUUGCUAGUAAUAGAGGCUGAUACAUGUCAUUGCUGUUAACAUGUAGCUGGAAAGAUGUUUGUUUAAAAUCCUAAUACACUAAGAUAAAAAUACAUAACACAGAUUCAUGACUUCUUAUAGAAAGAACCUAAGCAUUUGGGAUGCCAUUACAUUAUGUAUGGUGGACAUUUGCUACAAUACAGCAGUUAGAAAUGUAAAUUCAUGGUGUGAUGUACAUAAUCUGUUACAUGAAGUCUGACAUACAAGCUAACUGCGUAGUUUGCACAUUAACUCAGUCCUCAUGUUCUGAUACCCAGUGUUCAGCUGUGGCGAGCCACUAGGAGGUUAGCUAGGGUAUUCACACUACAGAUAUUAUUGUGGGCGACUGCCACUACCUGGUGGGUCGCAUGUACAGUAUGCUCGAGAUACGAGUAUUUAGCCGUGUACAUACAUUUUUUCUCUUCCCCAAGGGAGAUUUUUAAGUCGCUCAAACUUGUUCAAAAGGUGUUGCACCUCGAUUCGUGGCGUGGCACUUGAAGUUGUGUCAGUCCUGUGAUUGUGGGGGACUUGCAUGCCCGUCCCGUCCACCAAUAUUGUAUGCUGUCACGAUAAUUAACGUUGUUAUGGAUGUGUGUGUGUGGAUGUGUGUGCGUGUAUAAGAGUGUGUGUUUUUCCCCCAAAUUUCAUCUGUUUUACAAUCAAGCUACUGUUCUUUUUAAGAAAUUGAAGAAUGUGCUACAUGUGCCCAAGGGGAGUGAAACCCAGUCAUAAUUGUCUAUGUAUUUGAAGUGAUUUUUAUACCGGUAUAUUUAGUUUCAGAUGUAAUAUAUGUACUUGUUUUUUAUUUGAAUUUUAUGUUUAUGGGUAAUAUUGUGUUGUAUAAUCAUAAUUAUUGAUGCUGUGCAUAAUUGUGGAAAAUAACAAAAAAAGUCCAUGUAUAUUUACACAAAUUUAAUUGUUAUAUUGAUAAUGGAAUGUGAAUUACAUAAACUGAAGAUAGAGUUUAAUUUUAUCCAGGUUGAUAGACAAAAACAUCGGAUGGAUGGGUGAAAUUUCUUUCAUGUCUUGGUGGUAAAACUUGGUGUAUAAAAUCAAGUAGAGUGUCUCAGAACAUUUAAUAUCUCAGUGUAUGUGGUGUAUGUCAUGUUCAAAAUCCUUUCAUUGGCAGAUCUUCAGCUGUGUGAUGCACAGUCCAUUAGAACAGUGUUUGGUGUCCUCAGACACUUGUACUUAGAUCUGGCAUGCGUUCAGAGAAACUAACAUUAUAAUUGCAACACCAUGUACACAUUGGAAAAAUGAAAUGGACAUCUCUGUGGUUUUGGUAAGACAUGAAGCAAAGCUUUUGUCGUUGAAUGACUUUUUGUGGAUUUCUAUUCGGGCUGUUCUUGGGUGUUUUGGAUCUUUGAAUUUGCUGGUCACGAUACAUGUCGUCAUUGUUUGACAGUUAAUUGUUUGCAGUGUUCUGUGCUCACCAUAACCAAAUGUUGGCUUAUGAAAUCUUGUGACUUUACUACAGUGUUGUAUUAUGGGAGAUAUUUUGACCAUUGGUUGGAAAUUUAUGAAUUUAUCAUGUUGUACGGUUACUUUAAAUUUUUGUGGUAUCUGAUUUAAAAUUGUACAGAUGUUUUGUUUGGGUUCUGUAGGAGUGUCAGCAUGAUGGUAGAUAUGGUACACAGGACACAGUUUAGAAAACUUGUCUCUCAUUGUUAUCAUAAACUUUGAAAUUGCUGACCAAUAUUUGGAAGUGGGCAUGUGGAAGGUCUUAAUGUUUUAUGUUUUAACAUCAAGGUAGAAUAUCCCAGAUCAUGUGUUUAUGCAAGAUUAUAUGAGACCACAGUAUGUUUGUGCUCCCUUGUUAAACAUGGCUUUCAGAAACAUGAGGGUAAUGCUGUUUUGCUGCUACCAUACCAUAACAAGUAAUCCCUCAGGUUGAAGUAUUUUAUGACUUGUAGUUGACAAUCUUGAAAAUAAAAGUUGUCAUACACUGCCAUCCACAUGUACAAUUUUAAUUUCAGGGAUAAAAAUAUGAAACAUUACCUCCAUAUUAUAAUAAAAAAGUAUAUAGAAUGAGGGGACCUUGGAAGAAAAUGACACAUUAUCAAAAUACUUUUAAUUCUGUUUCAUAUGUUUUUUUUCUGUUACAUAUUUCAGUAUAUGACUCAGAAAUACAGCAACAUGGUACUUGUUGGAAAUUUGUGUUCCUGCCUUUAGAUAGUUGAGAAUGAAAUUGUUGUGUCAGUUAGCUGCAGAUGAAAUAUUCCAUAUAAAUUUACUAUUCUUGGCUUAAGAUUCUCUCUGAUGGGAACACCUUCCCAAGUACCUGAGGAAUUGUUCUUAUAAAAAUAAUACGGGUAUUUAGGUCUCAUAUUGAGGCAUAAACCAGUUAAAGACAUUCAGUGGAAAAUAAAUAUAAUUUGAAGCAUAAUGUUGGACAGUUUCCGGAAAUAAAUGAAUUGAUGCAUUGACACGUAGUUUUCUACAUUAUAGUGAUCAUGGGUACCUGACUGUCAUUUAUGGUACCAGUGUGAUAUAUAUUUACAGAUCACCAGUGGUGUAAUUGGCAAGUGUUAUAUUCCUAAGGUGAUGUCACAUUACAUAGUACAAGAAAAAAAUGCUAUUUUCUCAGGAAUGUUUGAUCUUCCUCAAGAAAUUCCAAAUAUGUAAUUCUGAUAAUGUUAGUUCAUCUAUGUGUGUGUAGUAAUACACACCGUCAUCAGUGCACAUCUUGCUGAUUAAUUGUACAGCUGUAAAUUGAGUAGUUGACAUUAAAGAGAGGAAAAUUUAUUGUCGCUAGAUCAAGAAAGUAGUGUAAAGACGUCGUCUGAACAACUGCUUAACAUGUUCAUUUAUGGCAGAUUGCAUUCCGGUAAGAAAUUGACACUUUUAUGCUCACUAGUAUUGAAAGGCAUUGGUAUUUCUAAAUAUUUGUCUUCGCGUUUGUAAGACACUAUUGCUGAAGACUUUUCCUCACAAGAUAGUCAUGUAAAAGAUGAAGUGAGGACAGGAUCUUCAUAAAAGUAUGCUUAAAAUGUUUUUAAACAUCGUAAAUGUAGCUGAAUGUGGUCUUUAAUGUGUCAGUGAUUUAAAUGUAACUAUUUCAGUUUCUCAGGGAUAAUCUGUCUUGCAUUCAUGAUGAUAUUUGUUUUAUUGUUCAUUCUGCAACUUGUACUAAUUUCAAGAACCCUCAAGGAAUUCUGCUUUAGUUGGUUAUGUGCCAAAGCAGUGCUGACAUAUGUGGUAAGGUUGCAGUAAUUAGGCCAAGGAUGCACUUUCAGUGCUGUGGGAUGUAUAAACUUGCAUCAUAUGUUGUAGUACAUACCACAUUUUAAUUGGUUUGUUAUUUUAGCAUAUUGGCUUUCACAUUGUUAAGUAUGAAUUUUAUGUCAAAAUUUCAUGUAUAUGAACGUCAUUUUGAUAUUGGUUACAGAUCAGUGGUGUUUCUUAAUGUUUGAGAUAAAGAUGUAAAGGCUGUCCAUACAUUUUGUGACGUAUUUGAUCUGCUGUCAAAAUUUAAUCAGUAUAGAUUUGUUGUCACUUAUAAGUAAAAAAGAAAGUAUAUUGGAAAUGCAUAUUCAAUUAAGACAAAUGGGUGUAGUACCUAGGUCUUCUUACGUGAAGCUUUUUGUUUAAAAGUAGUGUUGGGUUACAUUCACAUAAUGUGGCAUUUCAGAGAAGACUAGCAUACUAGCAUAACUAAUUUCAGAAAAUGUACAUUUCCAUGUUCAGACUUGGGGAGGGGGAAUUGAUUGUGUAAGUUAGAGUAACAUCUGUUUUACGGGUGUAAUUGUUUUAGAAUAUGGAAUUUAUAUCUCAGGACAUCUUCAGGAUGCAGCAUUGAGUCACAUGAAGUAAUUGCUUCAUGUAAUAAGCUUUCAAAAGUUUGACAUGGCCAGUUGCACAGCUCAUUUUUGUUAUUCAUUUUCAAGGUAGAAACAAGAAAUUAAGAUGGUCAGUUUGUACAUUUGAUAGUACUUAAUGUUCUUAUCAUAGCUGACUUUCUUUCUGUUUCAUUAAUAUUGGUUAGAAUUGUAGUGUUGCAGGUCUGUGAGUACAUUUUAUGACACUGUGAGCAUCAUUCCUCAUCUCUGACCAGUUUAUCUAACUAUGGAAUUAUUUUUUUUUGGCAGAGUUCUCUUAAUUUGAACAAAGGCAUUGCUAUCAAAGCCCACAUGUUUUGGGAAAUGGACGUUGCAGAGUUUUAAUUAGUGAUGUUGCGGGAAACGAUAUUUGUAACUAAAUUGUAAUGUAUUUUUGGUAAUAUUUGAAAUCUUGUUGUAUCAGAUGUUCAUGUGUUUUUGCCCUUUGUGUUUGUCCGCUUCAGUACCAAAUAAUGGUUAAAAGAAAUGUAAACUGUUGAGGAAUAUCUUAUCUCCUUGUCUUCAUAAGACAGCCCCCUUCAUUGCUACUGCUGCAGCUCAUAUUAGUGAAGUCAGCAGUAGUGCUCUUGUUGGGGACAAGUUUCCGUACGGGUCAAUUUAGAUUACUGCAUAAUUUUGUAAGCAUAAUAUUUUCUUGGUAUGCUGUGUAUCAGGUACUUUACAGUCCCUUUGAAUGUUCAACAGUAGCUGGUCAUUUGUGUUUCACAGAGAGAAUGUGCCACUGGUCAUUGUCUUCAUUUUGUUUUGCUUUUAUCAAAUAUUCUACUUAGAACUUUCUGUCAUGGAGUUACACUUGGCAUUGUCUGUCAGGCAACAUCACUUUUAGGGAUGCUUGUGCUGUAUGUUUGUGUCUAUCUUGGUGCCUAACAUUGCAGAAAAAUGUUAAAAACAAGUUCGUGCUCUUUUUAUCAAUUAAUAAGAACCUGUCAGCUUGACACCUGUGUGAUCAUUCUGUCAUCAGGAGCUAAUUUUUACAAAGCUGGAUGAGUCUGGUGCUUGAUUUCAUGUUUAACAUGAAUAGAUAUUGGAUUUACAUUUUAAAUUAAGAUUAUAGGUAAUUGACAUAAUCAGGUUAUUUUUCCUUUUAUGAUCUAACUUGAAAACACAAAAUUGCAUCGGGUUGCUUUUAUGCUGAAACCAUACUGGUUGGGUAUUUGCUGUCCCAUUAACAGCAUUAAAAGAGCAAAAUUGAAGUUCAGUAUUUUUAGCAUUUUAAAGUGAACCAAAUUUUUAUAAUUGUUUAUGUAGGAAAUUAAUGCUGUGAAAUUCUGCAUGUGGCUGUAGAUUAUAUUGCCUAAUGUGCUGUUGAAGUGUUCUUUGCAGUGCAUUUCCAACCAGAAAUGUCUUGUAGACACAGCAGUAAUGCUGAAUAUAAUUUUUAUCUAGCUGGGAUGGAAAAGAAUUACAUUCUUGCUAUUGUGUUCAUUUUUAAUGAAAUGAACAUUUCUGGUUAUGUUCAUGAACUUCCAGUCAAGUUUUAUCAUGUUGAUGUAGAAUUUGCUCGGUGUCUACCCACUUUUCAUCUACAUGUUGCUCUGAAAUUUGUUUGGAAGAUGUUUGGUAAUACUGUAUGUGUACACUGUACAUGUGUACAUUCCUAAAAUAUGAAUUGAGAUUCUUGAUGUCUCAUAUUACAUGUCUUCAUUUAACUGUGAACAUUUAAAUUUGAGUUCGGUAAGAUGCAUCAUUCAUCUUGCAUAGGGUAACUUGAAACUGCUUGAUUUUUAUCAUACAGACUUCUAAAUCUUUGGUAUAUUUCAUGUCUUAUUCUGUUAUCUUUGAAGACAAAUAUGCUUUCAGGUUGUACAGUGAAGUGGGUAAACUUGAAAGUUUGUAGCUGAAAGUGGGUAGAUAUGAUGCAAGCCCAAUUCAAGGUACUGUGUGAUGUGUUUUUGGUUGGUGUUUUAAAUCAGUAUCCAAGUAGCAUGAAAGGGUUGGCUUGCUGUGCAGGAUAAAGUAAUAUUAUCAGUUUGAUACCUUUCCAAUGCUAUAUUAAGAUUGAAAUUCUGAUUGGAUUGGCUGGUAUGUAGUAAUGCAUUAAUCGGUACAAUUAGUCAACCUUUCUGAGUUACUAUAAACAGAAAUUAAUGUUGUUUGUUGAACUUGUGGUAAAGUUUGUUUCACUCAGUGAAAUUGUUUACUUUUUAUGCUCCAUCAAAAUCUGAAUGUUUUGCAGUGAUGUUGACAUUCUUUACCUCUUCCAUUUUGAGUUGCUUAGUAUUUGGAUCUGUGAAACUAAGUGGUUUUUUCUAACACUGCAAAUCAGUCACCAUUGAAAACUAUAAUUUUUACAAUUGACCAUGUUAACAUUAGGGAUAUCAGUAUGCUAUAGCCAGCUGUCCUUACUCUCACCUGAAGGGUGGCCAAUACAGUGGACCACAUUUCUGUUUCAUAGUGGAUCAGCCAGUGCUUGAAUCUAAUGUGAGCUAUAUGUGGUUAGCUGUUUUGCCUGUUCAGUAGGUCAUAUUUACCAGUCUUACACAAUGGAUUGUUACCCAGGGAUAUAUUACAUUUUGUACUUCCUUAAAAAAUUUUCAUGGAACUCCUUGUAGUGUGGGAAUGUAACCAAUUCUUCUGUAAAAGAAACCCUUGCAUACAUCCUUAGUAAGUUUGUUGUCAUAGUUUAGUAUUUAAAUGUAAUGCUAUGUAUAUAUACAUCAAGCCGUAUUCCAAGUUGGACUGGUAAAUAUGUUCACAAUUUGCAGCAUUGUUUGUAUAGCUAAUGGAUUAAAGGUAAUUCAGUGGCCUGGUGAGUCCAGUUACAAGAAAUGUUGUGUAAACUACUUGAAUAUGUUAUCUGUUUUUUCAUUCUGGGAAUGUACCGUAUGAGAUUGAAGUGAUUCAGCUAAACUUACAUGUACCUGAAUCUUUGAAAUAGUAAAAGACAGUAGUCCAUGCAUAUGACAUUUCAUAAAAUGUUACAGCUUAUGUUUUAUCUUCCCAAAUGUAAUAUAAGGGAGAGUCAGUAAAUCGGUCAUGGAUAUAAAACCUAAAACAUAUGAUAUACAAACCUGGAAAAAACAUUUAUUUCUCAACAUAUCCUCCACCAACAUUGAUACAUUUGUCCCAAUGCUUUACCAUUGUGUCAGAACCUGAAGCAGGGGCUGUUGCCGCAGCCACUUCCACACCUGGUCGGGCAUCAUCUGCCACUUUCAUACAUCCUUGAGAGAAUUUCUUGACCCAGUUGUGAGCCUCUAUACAUGACAACACUUCCCACCAUAAACAGGAAACAUUUCUUUAAGAAUAUCCUUUGCAUUGGGUCCUUCUGCUCACAAAAAACGCACAAUAGAAUGCUGAUCUUCGAUAGUACACAUGAAGCAGUCUCCAUUUUGACUGCUGAAACCAGCCUCUGAAUAUGUGCAUGUGCAUCUGCUACCUAGACUGUCAUGAGCUGGACUGUGCUGCUGCCUAGUGAUACACAUAUGAAACUUAUUAUAUUCAUUACAGCCAUUUUACUUCAAUUUGUGACCUAUUUCCUGACCUUCAUACAAAGAAUGGAUUAGAAAGUUUUUAUUUCUCACUUAUGUUAGCUUCAGAAAGUAUUUUGUGAAGUUUACUGAAUCACCUCAGUUUGAAGUGUGGAUCGUGUUCCCUUUUACAUACUCGAUCUAAAAGCUAAGUCUUCGGAAGAUUUGUUAAAAUUGGUACCAAACCAAAAUUGAUUUUGCAGUUUGUGUUCCGCUUUAAAUAAAUGUUGGAUAUGAUUUCCUUUCGUACUUGUUCUCAAGCUUUAGACUGUGGACCACAUAUUUGUCUAUUUUACAUAACUGUACUAUUUCAUUUUGUCAUAUGAAAAUUCAAGUAGAAUGUGUCUGCUAGUUAUACUGACAGUUAAAUUUAAUUCAGCUUUCUGUCAUGCAUAUAAAUGUUACAAAUAAUGCAGUAUAAAAAUAGACCACGUGUUAGGCAAAAGGGAGGGUCCACAAAUGUUUGUAGUUUGGGAACCACUGUACAUAUUUUUUUUUUUUGCAGAACUAUUUGCUUUUUCUCUGAAUUGGUCAUCCAUGAUUAGAUAGAAUUACAAAAUAUUGUACAGGUGUUAGCUGAGAGUAUUUUGAUAUUUACAGAUGUUAACAAAGUUAUGUCAAUGUAAGAUUUGAAACUUUCAUGACAACAGUGGACAUUUAAGCCUUCUCAGGCUGUCAGCCAUGUUAGUGUAGAGUUCUGUGACAUUUCAGAUACAGUCUCUGUCUGCAACAUCAAGGGUUGAUGUGAUGAGCUGGCCCAGCCAGAACAGUGGGCAGAGCAGUGAUAUCCUGUCUCAGUAGGAGUUUUGUGGGGAAUAGUAUGUCUUCUGAACUCUUAACAGACUGUUCCCUGCAUGACUUGUGCUGGGACAGGGUAUCACUGGCCACAUAUCUGUGCCUACCAUUCCCCUAGUGAUCCAAGCUGGAACAGAUGAAAUCUUUGUGUAUGAGUAUAACAUGCAAACACAACAUCUGCCAUGUCAACCCCCUGAUGAUGGAGAUAGACACAAAAACUUUGGUUGCCAACCCUGUAUUGAUACAGCUAAUUGCCUGAGAAGAUUUCAUUUUAAAGUUUGGUCAAGAAAGUAAGAAGAGUCAAUUGUUUACAGCUGGUAUUUGUAAUGGGAGAAUGGGAGAGGACAUAGUGAUGGGCUUAGAUCAUGUGAUGAUGUGUUUCUCAGGUUACAUUGUGGUUGUAGUUGAUGGUGUUGGUAUAGCAUGGGUGCCAGAGAGGAAUUUGAAAUGUUACGUUCAUUACAGCCAUAUCUCAUGUGUAUAGCUUUUGGGUUAACUUUGUUAAGAUGAAUAAAAUUCAGAUGUUAUACUGUAAUAGGCAUAAUAUGAAAUAUGUCUAGGGGUAAACUUAGGAAGAAUUGAAGUAGAAGUUCAAAUAAUGAACAUGAAAUUUUGGUUAGGUGAACUGCAUUUCAUAUUAUCCAUUUGUUCACAGCAUGAAAGCCAAUUUAAGAAUUUUAUUAUUAUUAUUAUUAUUAUUAUUAUAGUUAUUAUUAUCCUCAUCAUAACUUGUGGAUAGACUUUGUUCUCAAGAAUAAGAAACUCCCCAGUCCCCAUGUAGUAGAGUUGCUUGAUGUAUAAAACAGUUAUCAGAAAGUGUCUGGAGUUUUGUGUCGGAUGCUGUUCUCACGGAAAAUUCUUGUCAUUUGGAGUGGUGGUACGUUCAGUUAAUUCCUCACUGUAUGGUUUGACUUAUUGGUCAGAUCCCUUUUUCAGCAGCUUUGCAACAUGCUUGAUGUAAUCACCGUUCCAUUUUGCCACUUACAGGUGCCAUCUGGGUUCUGGAAGUGCAUUUUAAUUUUUAAUUAAACGUAACUCAUCUUUAGUAUCUACCUCAAAGUGGUUUUAUUUCCACUUAUACUGUUUUCUUGAUUAAUCUGUGAUAACUGCAAAGAAACUUUUCAAUUCAUUUGACCUUACAAAUGGUUUUUCCACCAAAUCAAGGCUGACCUCCCCGUGAUUCUCAGGUUGUAAAUUGGUUCUAGCCAUAACACAAAAGCUAUGAGUGAUGUACCUGAACAAGUGAUGCAUGUUUGGUAGUCGAGAUAUGUCUGCAAUGCAUGGAGCUUUCAGUGCCUUUUCAUGCCGGUUUUAGGUCAGGAUAAUUUCUGGAGGAGGCAUAUUGAACUAGUAUCAUGUUUUAUUCCAGAAAUUAUUUAGUAAGCUCUUGCAGAACCGUGUGUAGUAUGUAAAAAUGGAUGGAUUGUUAAAGUGGCAAAUUUUAUUAGCUAUCAAAAAUAUUUCAGUUUUUGUUUUCUUAUGGUAAUUUUUUUAUUUCACCUUGUUAUCAGUGGUCAGUGUUUGUUUUAUUAUGACUUUGUGGUGAUUUAUUGGAUACCAGUAUAGGUCAAGAAAUUUUUGAAUUGAUAUUAAAUAUGAAAAUAUGAAGAUAUGAAUAAAAAUAUAAAAAAAGGGAAAAGAAAGUGAGCAUAAAAUGUUUUUAGAAUAUUUUCUUGUUAUAAUGUGGAUUUUAAUGUUUGGUACCAGAUAGUUGUGUUGAGUUCUUCUAGGAUGUUAUGCUCACGGUGAUCAUGCCUUACAUACAUUUGGUGGAACGUAAUUUGCACACACAUAUAAUAAUUACUGUAAUACAACAAAAUGAAUGUUUGGAAAUUCAGUUUGAAAGAUUUCACAGAUUACUAAUAAACUAAAUUUGUUGCUAA